AUGUCCAUCCUUAAUCCGACCCAUUCACCUACCCCGGCUUUACUGAAACAUGUUUUGCUGUCUGAGAUUCUGGCGGUGACCACCGUCAUGCGCAAGAACUCACGCUGGGCGUCAUCCAUGCACACUAUGACUAUUAGAGAAUCGCCCGCUCUGGGGACUAAUAUGGGUCUACGAAUAUCCUCGCCAGUGAACCAGACGCGCGUUUCUGUAAGAUAUACUAGAGAGGCGGAACUUAUGGCCGGUUUUCUUGAACUCAAGAGGUCCGUGAAGGAUAUGCACGGACCCAUCACAUCUGCGGCUCUCUCAGCUCUUCACAGCUUCUUCAUAUGCGGCUUGAUCUCCCCUAACUCGCCUUCGUUGGAUUCAACUUUGAUAGAACUAAGCAAUACCAUCUCGCAUUGCAAAUUUGAGGCUAGCGACUCCUCCGGUGAUGAGGUUGUACUUCUAAGGAUCAUGACCGUUAUACAAGAUUGCUUGUGUGGGUCCGUGGGUAGCGGUUUGGGAGACAUAGAGGUCUGUGAAAUGUUGGAGACAGUUUUAACGACGUGUUGUCAAAUGCGUUUGAGUGAAACUCUCCGUCGCUCUGCCGAAACGACCAUGCACAUACUCGUUAGAACUGUUUUCUCAAAGCUACAUACGCUGGACCCUGAAGAAGAAGAAGCAAAACUUCUUACGGGAAAUGACGACGAAGCGGCUGAAAUUGAACUGCGCGUUUCUGUCCCGGCAAAAGACGAGAAAGCCGUAUCAGAAGAAUCCUUCUCCGCCGAAACUGCAGUUGAGCAAGACCAGAAAGAGGAACAGAUUGCAGAACUAGAGAAAGAAAAAGAGAAGGAGGAAGUGGAGGUCCCACCCACGCCAAUGUCACCAACGAACCGACCAGAAUAUGGCCUCCCUUCAAUACUUGAGUUGCUUCGUGUUCUGGUCAAUGUUUUGGACCCGAACGAUCAGCAGCACACUGAUUCAACACGGCUAAUGGCUCUGGGCAUUCUCAAUGCAGCUUUCGAGGAAUCUGGAUCAAUUCUUGCACAGUUUCCUUCCUUGAAGGCGAUCGUAGUUGAUCCAGGAUGCAAGUUUCUCUUUCAGCUCGCCCGGUCUGAAAACAACAAUGUACUGCACUGGGCUCUUCGCACUAUAUCGACUAUCUUGGACACUAUGAGAAAACACCUGAAACUUCAACAAGAAUUAUUUUUGACGUUCACCAUAGAUAGACUCACUCCUCCUGCUUCUAUUCUUCCAAAAGGUCAAGGAAACACACCUAUGCUUGGUUCUUCAAAAUCACGAAAUUACUCCCCGUCACCGAGACCUGGAACACCGAAUGCUAAUAGUCCGCUGUUGAUGCCGGCCGACAAAUCAGACUCUGAUAGUGCUGCUGCGUCUCCUGCGAGGCUUUCGGUACCUCCUGCUCGUGGGGAAACUCGGGACCUCAUAUUAGAGACUCUCAGCCAGAUUUCUGGCCACCCAAGCUUUAUGGUUGAUCUCUAUACCAAUUAUGACUGUGACAUCAAUUGCGAAAAUCUUUUUGAGCGACUUAUUGACUUCCUCACCAAGUCUGUAUAUCCUUCCAAUCAGGGAGCGACACUGGACUCUCAGAGGAAUGUGCAAUACAUAUGCCUGGAGCUUCUACUGUCAUUCGUAAAUGAUAUGACAGCGCGUGCUAAUGAUGAUGUCCAAUCGACAGAGUCCCUUCUUCAGGCAAAAUCGAAGAAACAGCUCAUUUUAACCGGUGCAACUCGCUUCAACACAAAACCCAAGGCUGGCCUUGCAUUCCUCGAAGAGAACAAGCUCAUAUAUGCGGAUCUCUCUCCUGAAGUUUCAAAGAACCGUAGUCUGGCAAUGUUCCUCAAGGGUUCCAGCAGGAUCGAUAAACGUCUACUUGGUGACUUUUUAUCCAAACCAGAUAACCUUGACCUGCUCAAGGAGUUUGUGGGACUAUUCGAUUUCAAGGAUAAACCUGUAGCAGAAGCUAUGCGAGAGAUGCUUGAGGCAUUCCGCCUUCCCGGAGAAUCGCAACAAAUCUCACGGAUUGCGGAAACAUUCGCAUCGACUUAUUUUGCAGCAGGCCCUGCCGAAAUAAAGAGUGAAGAUGCCACACACGUUCUUGCAUACUCCAUCAUCAUGCUUAACACCGACCAACAUAACCCUCAAGUCAGAAAAAGGAUGACAAUUGACGACUACAAACGAAAUCUAAGAGGCGUGAACGACGGCUCAGAUUUUUCGGCCGAGUUCCUUCAAAACAUAUAUGAUUCGAUUCGCAAGCGCGAGAUCGUCAUGCCGGAAGAGCACAUCGGUCAGCUGGGUUUCGAGUAUGCAUGGAAGGAAUUGUUGGCCCGGUCACGACAAACAGGAGAAUACAUUGUCUGCAACACCUCAGCAUUUGAUAUCGAAAUGUUCAAGGCAGUUUGGAGACCCGUAAUAUCCGCAAUCGCAUACGCAUUCAUCAGCUUUGAAGAUGAUUAUAUCAUACAACGUGCUAUUGCAGGCUUCCGACAGUGCGCCACCCUUGCAGGACAUUUCCGAUUACCUGAUGUCUUCGAUUUCGUGGUUGUUUCACUGUCUCAAGCAACCAGUCUGCUAUCGGACUCUUUGCCUGCACACGUCCCCGUUUACCCCGUGAUAGACGUUGAAGGACAGUCCGUUACAGUUUCUAGGCUAUCAGUAGAGUUCGGGACCAACUUUAGGGGCCAACUCGCUGCAGUUGUCCUUUUCAACAUUGUCAACGGCAACGGUAACGCUUUAAGGGAAGGAUGGACUCAAAUCUUCGAAAUGUUCCAAAAUCUUUUUCUUCAUUCGCUGUUACCAACGAGAAUGUUGCAAAUGGAGGACUUCCUUGGAGGUGUUACAAUGAUACCUCUUCGUGGGAGUCAGCCCUCUAGAUCGCAAGUUCGCAGCGAAGGAGGACUUUUGUCUGCACUAUCUUCCUAUCUGAUGACUCCAUACAGUUCUGAUAUGGGCGUCCCGGACGCAACAGAGGCUGAUGUUGAAAGUACACUUUCAACAAUUGACUGUAUAACAUCCUGCCGGUUGGAUGAGUUAUAUAGUCAGAUCAUUCAACUUGAACCAGAAGCAUUAGUGGCUGCUGUACGCGCACUUGAAGCACUCGCUCAUGAAAGGACGGUCGCCAAGCUAAAAAUCCAGUCUGAUGAUUCCAUCCCUCCGCUUGACGAUAGGGGAAAUCAUCAACUUCCUUAUGAUCCAGCUUCCGUAUUCCUAUUGGAGAUUAUGGUCAGUAUUACCAGUCAGGCCCCGCAGUACAUUGAAGAAUUAUGGCCGAUUGUCUUUGAACAUCUAUCUGCUGUCCUAUCAACCCCGACAGAAUACAGUAUACUUCUGAUUGAAAGGGCUGUUGUGUGCCUCUUGCGUCUUUGUCAACUUUUGGCUCAGCAUCCCCCACUGCGAGAUCAGGUUUAUGUGGCCUUCGACCUACUUGGUGGACUACCGCCCUCCAUUUCAAAUCUUGUCGGAGAGCAAGUAAUUGCUGGGCUCAUCUUAGUUAUUCAAAAACACAAAGAUAUCAUUCGAUCUCAAACUGAAUGGCAUCUUGUAUUCGCCAUGAUACGAUCCACAAUGGCGCAUGCCGAAGCAGCGCGUAUGUCCUUCGAACUUAUCGAAACAUUAGCAGCCGAAGGGCCAGACAAUUUGGUUACCCCUGAUAAUUUCUCUGGCCUGUUGACUGUACUGGACGACUUCGCAACCUCAGCGAGUACACUACAGGAACAACAUCAACACAGAGGCCGUCGUGCGGAACCGUUAACCACGUCGAAUUCACCAAGCAUCAGUAGGGGCAAGAAGGCUGUUGAUCUACUUCCCGUAUUGCACAAAAAAUUAUUAACGUUCCUUCAGGCCUCUCAAGUGGAUGAAGUGCAAGCGUGGAGAAACAUGGGUCUCCCGUUGCUCAUUGUCCUGGGCCGUCAAUCUGUUAACGCUGCUCGAGAAAUACGCCAUAGCGCCAUUAGUCAUUUACAGCGCAUCCUACUCGGCUCUCCACUGACGAAUGAUGCAGAUCAAAAGAAGGUCGAAGAAGUCUUCAACCGUGUAGUUUUCCCUCUUGUGGAUGAACUUUUAAAACCUCAGGUUGCUUUUAGGGAUCCACAAGGCAUGGCGGAAAGUCGGCUCAGAGGAUCGGCUCUCCUUUGCAAAGUAUUCAUGCAUCUGGAGCUACGUGAAAGCAGAGCCAAAACGGACUUUAGAUUAUUAUGGAUUCAAGUCCUGGAUCUCCUGGAUCGACUCAUGAACGUGAAUCGUGGAGAUCAAUUGUACGAAGCAAUUCCCGAAUCAUUGAAAAAUGUUCUCCUUGUAAUGAACGCUGUCGGAAUACUCAUACCCCCUGGAUCCGGAGAAGAAGAGCUGCAGAAAACACUCUGGCUAAAUACCCAUGAAAGGAUGGAGCGCUUUUUACCAGGCUUCCUGACUGAAGUUAUCCCAAUACCUCCUCAAGCCCAAACACCGUCGACGACGGAAUAA